GACCUCGUCAAAUAAGAAAAACCAAACCAAACAAACCAAUUUAAACAAACCUCUAAGGGAAAAAAAAAAAAAAUGGAAAAAAAUAAGGAAAGAGCUAGUUUCAGAGAUCCCACAGAUUUGCCUGCAGUCCCAAGGACAAUGAACAGGCGUGAGGCGGCUCUGGCGGCAAGGAGAAAGGGAAAUCUCUUCGAAUCCUUGACGUGUCUUUUGUUAACUUCCCAUAAUUGCUUUUUUGGCAUGACCAUCGCCCGGACGCUCGGAACAAGCAGUUCGAAGCGCCAGCCCUCACAGCUGGGAAGCAGGGCUCUUCCACAACAAAAACAAAACAGUAAAAGCCAAAAUAAAGCCAUACGGCGGCGUGCGCGCACAACCCCCGCCCCUGAGCCACCAAGUCCCUCGGGGGCACGGCUCGGGUGAAAACACCGGCCCCGAGCGAGCCUCGUCCUGCCGGGCUGACACCGCGCGGGGCGGCAGCACCGAGCAGCGGCACCCCCUGGACACCGCCAGGGGCGACGCGGCGGGAAUGCGGCGGGAAGGGCGGGCGGAGGGCGCUCGGUCGGCGGGCAAUGGCCCGGAUCGCGCUGCCGCCGGCGGGACCUCGGACCGCGCCGCACAAGCUCCCGCCUGGCACGGCGCCGUCAGUCAGUCAGUCAGUCAGUGUGCCGUGCCUCGCUGACCUACAGCCGGACACGCCGCCCAGCAGCCGCCAGCACAAGGGUCACCCAUGCCGGGGCGAACGUCCGGCCCCGCAGAGCAGCCGACACCGAGUCCUUGGCUAAGUGACGUGACUCACCAGCUGCCCUCCCCCUCACACAUCCCCCGUUCGGCGUACAACAGCUGUUUUAUCUCCCGCUGUAAUUACGCCACAUAAAAAUAGUUACAAGGUACUUGGGGAAGGCUUGCUGCUAAAACGCUGUUGCUUCCCUUGUGCAGUGAAUGCGGAUUUGCGCGGGUGCCCGCGCCGCUGGGGGGGUGCAGGGUGGUGGGGAGGGAAUGAUCCCCGCUCUGCCGUAGGAAUCCAUUAUUUCAUCAGCCGUUUCAGGCGCCUGCUGCUCGCCCCCCGCGCCUGCCCGGCCGGGAACAGCCCCGCACGUGCCGGUGCGGGAGUGACACAGACACGCUCCCGUGGAAUGAGUGCACGCCCGCGCCCUCACGCCUGCUCCGCGGCCAGGCGGCUUCUUUUCCUUUCCUUUCCACGCUGAAACCUUCAAGCGGCUGGGCAUUCAGCAGUUUUGAUUUUUUAUUAUUAUUUUUUUUUAAAUCUGAUUUUGUCGGGGGGCGGCGGGGGUAGCGCCGGGACCCGCCGCCGAGGCCGCCUGUGCCCGGGGAGAGCUCUCCACCUCGCUAGGGAGGCUGCAGCGAGCUGCUGGCGGGUGUCACGUUUCCCAUCCCGGAGGAAAAGAAACUGUUGCUGCUGCAGAGCGUGCUCGCCUGACAGCGAUGAGUCAAGCUUUUAAUGAUCAAACGUCUGCUUGAAGAAAGGCGAGGGAGCGGGAGGCACGGAGAGCUCCCCCCGCCGCUGCUGUUGUGUGUGCAUGAGCGAGCGGGUACAGGCGGACACCCCCCCGCUCCGGCCGGUCCCUCCCCUCCCGUCUGACAGAGCCUCAACACCCGGGAGGGGAGGGAGGAGAGAGGAGGAGGAGGAGGAGGCAGCAGCCGCCGCGAGUGCCAGUGCAGCGCACGGUUACUCUCCCGUACUCACUGCGGGGAGGUGGGGGAGGGCGGGCGCUGUGUACCUUUCUCUCCCGUGCCUUUCCUCACUUUAACAGGCCGGGGCCAAUCGCCAGCAGAAGGGAACAAAGGGAAGGGGGGAGGGAAGCCCACCCCGGCCGCACUAGAAAGCCCCCGGGGGAGGCAGAGCCCUGCGGCUCCCGCUGACAGCAGCGCGGCCGGUGACCGGGCGCCUGGCUCCGCGGCGGUGUUUCUUCUUUCUUCAUCGACCUUCUCCUCCUCGCUGAGCUUAAAGGGGGAAAGCAGCGUCCGGCGAAGGGAGAGAAACUUGGGUCGGUGCGUGGGGUGUCCGGCGAUCGGCUCGGUCCUCGCGAUCAAGAUGAAAAGUAAAAAAGGUGUAGUUGCAAUAUCAGGCAGUGAAACGGAGGAUGAUGACACUAUGGAUGUCCCACUGGAUCUUUCCUCAUCUGCUGGCUCAGGCAAACGGCGGAGACGUGGCAACCUGCCCAAGGAAUCUGUGCAGAUUCUUCGGGACUGGCUCUAUGAGCACCGAUACAAUGCUUAUCCUUCAGAGCAAGAAAAAGCGCUGUUAUCCCGACAAACACACCUUUCCACACUACAGGUCUGCAACUGGUUUAUCAAUGCACGCCGCAGGCUGUUACCUGACAUGCUGAGGAAGGAUGGCAAAGACCCAAAUCAGUUCACUAUCUCGCGGCGAGGGACCAAGCUUCCCGAGGGCGGCCUGGUGGAGUCUGCCAUCAGCACAAAGAACUACAUUCCCCUGCUGGAUGAGACUGCCUUCCUUCCCGCUGCCGCGCCGCUCGGCAAAACUGUGUCCUCUCCCAAGGCGGCUUCCCCGGGAUCGGUCCUGGCUCGGCCAUCAGUGAUUUGCCACACGACUGUGACUGCGUUGAAAGAUGCCCCUUUCCACUUUUGCCAGCCAGCUGAUGUAGGCCAGACCACGGACCUGCAGCAGGCCCCGGCUGGCGGCUUCACAGAUAGCCCCCUCUCCUGCCACGAGGACGCAUCCAAACUGGGACCUGGUGCAAACACACAGAGUGGGCUCUUUAACACUCCUCCUCCAACACCACCAGACCUUAACCAGGAUUUUAGUGGAUUUCAGCUUCUGGUGGAUGUUGCACUCAAAAGGGCGGCAGAGAUGGAGUUGCAGGCAAAACUUAUGGCCUAAAUCCCCUUCCUUCUCCUUCCCCGUUUUGUUUUACCAGGCAGGGAUCUAACAGCUGUGUGGUUAUUGCCACCCACACGAUAUCAAAAGACUUCACUGCGUUAUUAUUAUUUUUUUUUAUUAAUCUUAUUUGCACAAGGGGAUUGCUGAAAUGAAGCUUCCUGUCACUGAGAUGGUCUUCAGUGGAAUACGGUCAUUCCAAGAAUUACGAACUUAAAGCUACUGUAGAAAGAAAGGAUUGUGUGUUUUGUUGGGAUUUUUUUAAUGUUUUCUUUGUAGAUUUUUCAUAAUGUGAGAUGUUUCCCAAGAUCAUGUGAUUUGUUUUGUUUCUUUCAGACUGUGCAAUAUCUAGUAAUGAUAUAGAGUCUUCUUAUCAUUCCCAUGUGGAACGGAAUAUACCGACACGUUGUCUAAAUUUUCAAUUUUUUAAACAAUACAAACUUUGGAUGAUCAUGCUUUUUUCCCAUAAUAUAAUAAAAUAUUUUCUUUAAAA